AUGAAUACACUCCAUCGCCGCAACGCUCGAUUUAUCCCCUUUCUGAGCCUAUUCAUACUCUUCGCGCUCGGCACGGUGGCCGAUGACGUUGAAGGCUGUCCCUCGGGGCUGGCAUGCUGGGGCUUCUCUAUCUGCAACUUUGUGGAAGCCGACGGGGCGCGCAAACAGCAAUACGGAGCAACCGCCCUUGUGAUGGGCUUGGUGCCACUAACACUAUGCAAUAUUGCCUGGCCCCGAGCUGCGGCACUGGGCUUGGAGCCCACCCUUGCGACAAAUGUGGAAGAGGAGCGCAUCUGGCAUUGGCUGUCAUGGAUGCACACGGGGUGGCUCACUAAUAUCAAGGCGAAAUAA